AUGCAGCGGCUGCUACUCGAUGCAGUCACCAUGGCGCCGCCGGAUGACGGCGGUAGUGGCGGCCAGCAACAUUCGAAGUACAGCAAAGAAGCAAAUUUCGAUACUAAUAUGGUGAUCAUACUGGCUGCUUUACUAUGUGCCUUGAUUUGUGCUCUGGGGCUUAAUUCGAUUGUACGUUGUGUUUUAAGAUGUAGCAGGAGGUUAGCUUUUGAUGGCGUUGACGCCACCGCUGCACAGGUGCUGACGACAGGGGUUAAAAAGAAGGCGUUAAAACAGAUUCCGGUGGCUGUCUAUGGUGCCGGAGUAGAGAUUCCGGCUACUGAGUGUCCGAUAUGUCUCGGAGAGUUCAUGGACGGUGAGAAAGUUAGGGUGUUGCCGCAAUGUAAACAUGGGUUUCAUGUACGGUGUAUUGAUGUAUGGUUGGCUUCACAUUCGUCAUGUCCAACUUGCCGGCGGUCGUUGGUGGAGCUGCCGGCGGUGGCGGAGGGUAGAUCUCGCGACGGCGGUGAUGAUCGUGUAAUUAUUAUUUAG